AUUCUCGUGGAGCAUUGACCGCGGAAACAUUAUGUUUGUUCUCAAGAUUCUUGGCUUGAUGCCCAGGAUGAAAUACCGGUUUUCAAAGAAAUAUAUAUAUAUUCAUUCACCUUUGGAGUUUAUACUGAAACGAAUGGCUGAUCAGUGUUGAAAGUUUAAAGAAAUCCGAUAGUUCAAAAAAAAAUAUUCCUAACUGAACGAUCAUCAUCAACGUCAAAAUUGUAUCGACUCAAGAAGAAACUAGUCAUUCUGAAACUGUCGAGGCUACAGACAUCAUGUUUCCAUUAAUCUAUGGAUUCUUCAUUGUUUCUUCACAAAUAUUAUUGACUCUGUCCAGUCCUGCAAAAUAUGAUCAACGACAAACAGGUGAUGUCAAUGUACAAAUUGACCUCAAAGAUGUCAAGGUCAUCGCAUUGGUCAAAUCAGAUUUACUCGAUGAUUACAUGAAUUACGAUUACGUCUAUGAUUAUGCUGACUUUACAUUAAAACCAAUAACAAAACCUACAACCAAAUCACCGCCAAUUAUUACAAACAGUUCGUCAGAAUCAUCAACAACAUCAGUUUUAUCAUCAUCAACACAAUCAAAUUUAAAUAAUUCAUUAGAAUCAUCAACAUCGUCUUCUUCAAUUGCUGAAGAAAAAAUUACCACAAGUGCAAUUUUAACUACUGAUGACGUCACCAUUUUAGAAACAUCAACGAAACUAAGCAGCAAUAUUGCAGAAAAUACUUCUAUUCCUGCAGUAAAGGAUGAGCUCGAUAAUCUUCCUGAUAAAAUUACAAUCACAUCUGAAGGACCACUUGAAAGCACGGUAGGAAUUAAAAGACCUGCAAAAAGAUGUAAAGGAUUAGAUAAAACAGGUCGUUGUUUCAGAAGAAGAAUAUCAUCUUUACCUUACAACCUAGCAAUGAAAGUAGCACCUGCAUUGAUACGAAGCGUGAGGAAACAAAUAGCUGUUUAAAUUAUACUUUAUUAUAUUAUUUCUAAAAUAAUUUUUGUAUUUCCAUUUUGGAAAUGCCUCAUUUUGAUAAUAAAAAGACUGACUGAA